CACAGCCAUGGCUUCCUUUCUCUCUCCACUCUUCUGCUUCACCCUCUUCUUCCUCCUCCGUUCCUUGACUGCAUUCGCCAAUCUCCAGAAAACCAGAUCGCCUUUCAGGCCUUCUCGUUUCUCUCCUCUCUUCGCUUCCGAAACCCUAAACGUCUCCUCUCCCACCGUCUACUUCGAAGUCGCCAAACCCAUCUCCCAUCUUCCGGCGACGCAGCCGCCAUGUUCCCACCACGUUCUCCGCCAUGAUUUCGGCUACACUUAUGGAAAACCGCCGGUUCUCGCCAAUUACACUCCUCCUUCGCACUGCCCAUUUCGCGAUUUCUCCAAAAUCGUCCUCGAAUUCAGAGCCACUUGCCAGGGAAGACAGUUCGAUCGGAUUUUCGGCAUCUGGGUAAACGGCAUUGAGAUUCUCCGGAGCUGUACCGCCGAACCUAGAGCCACCGGGAUCAUCUGGUCGGUGGAGAAGGAUGUCACCAGGUAUCACUCUUUGCUCGUCAAGGACGAGACCCAGAUUCUCGCCGUUUAUAUGGGUAAUCUCGUGGAUAAAACGUAUACGGGUGUUUAUCACGUCGAUGUGAUCUUCCAUUUUUAUCCCGUCGAAGAGGGUGUCCGAACAAAUCUUCAAAAUCCGGUGUCUGGUUACGGUUCUCACGCCGAUUUGAUCCUGCCCAUUUCGCGAAACCUGCCUCUGAAUGAUGGGUUGUGGUUCGAAGUUAUGAAUUCAACUCACAUAGAGCAUAAGGAAUUCGAGAUCCCCAGGAAUGUGUAUAGAGCUGUUCUUGAGGUUUAUGUUUCUUUCCAUGAGAAUGAUGAGUUCUGGUACGGGAAUUUCCCUGAUGACUAUAUCGAGGCCAACAAUCUCAGUGCUCCUGGCAAUGGGCCCUUUAGGGAAGUUGUGAUCAGUCUCGACGGCGACAUUGCCGGUGCCGUCUGGCCAUUUCCCGUUGUUUUCACCGGAGGGAUCAAUCCUCUUCUUUGGAGACCCAUCACUGCCAUUGGCUCCUUCGAUUUGCCGACUUAUGACAUUGAGAUCACACCAUUCUUGGGAAGCUUGCUGGAUGGAAAGCCUCAUAAGUUUGGAUUCAGUGUCACGAAUGCUCUGAACGUAUGGUACAUUGACGCGAAUUUGCAUCUUUGGUUGGAUAGUGAGCGGCAGAGAGUCGAAGGGGAGCUGCUGAAGCUCGAAAUCAGCUCUCUCGCCACUAUUGCUCUUUCAGAUUUCAAGGGCUUGAACGGGAGGUUCAAGACAGUAGCCAACAGGUCGUUAACUUCAGCAGGGCGGAUCAAAUCCUCACAUGGGGACAUCACGACUACCGUCAUCCAAGAAUUCGGAUAUGUUAACAACAUGGUCGCCGGUAAAGACGGGAACUUGCAGAUUGUAGAUCAGGUUAUCAUGGCAGAUGACCGUGUCCGUGCAGGAGAACACCCGAGGAAGAUUUUCAAGGCGAGAUCACUCAAAAGCUUUCCGUUCUUCUUGUACUCAGACUACUUGGACCAAGGAAACGGCACAUCUCUCUCCAUCUCGAACGUCACAAUGGCAUUCCGAGAGAGGAGAUCGGAACGUGCCAAUGGGUUGAAACCGUUCAAGAGCUAUCUGAACAACAAGCAAGACGGACGGGGAGUUAUGGUUGUGAAAGACAACCUGGUGGUCAGUGGACAUGGAAGAACACGACAAGUAUACAGAUACAUGGGAAGUGAUCAGUGUUACUUCAGGAAUGUCAGUAGCUCAAACUACACCAUCAUCUAUGACAAGGUCGAAACUUUAUGCAAGCCGAGACUCGAAACCCGGUUCGGGUCUUUAAGCUUGCCCUUCCCAGCUUGAGGGAACUAAGAAUCUCUGUAACAAUGGAGGAAUCACGUUGAAUGGAGAUGGUGGAAUCAUUACAGUAGCUGAAAGUCUCGAGUGAGUGAUUUAUUCUAUUGCCGGGUCAGUGUUGUUCAUUGGAUGUGCUUUUAUUGUAAUGAAACAAUGAAAUUUGUCAAUAAAGACAAUGUUUCGAUUCGGAAACAAAAUUUCAAUUA